AUGGAAAUAAACGAAAAUUCAAGCGAUACAAACUAUGAUCAAAAAUGCUGGUGUUGCGCCUGGGGUCUACUUAAACCGGAGCAUAACGAAUCCGCUGCCGAAGAAGGCGAAAGAUCCCCAUCGAAUAGAAGGCAAAAUGCCAAAGAAUUCGUUAUUACCGGUGGCAUUGAACCGCAAGUGAGAAUUGUGCAUCUAUCGCCCACUGAGGAUCAUGUGUUCCCCUAUGAAUACACUUUGCCCUUGCCUGGCAUGGGUAUUCAUUGUGUGGCCGUCAGUCCGGACAGCAGUUGCAUUGCUGCCAUCGCUGUGGAUGGCAAUCUAAUGUUGAUGGAUGUCAACACUGGCGUACGUUUGCCCAGAGUCAGUCACUGUUUGGUCAGCAAUUUCUGGUCCACGGCUUUUGGGGCUGAGAGCAAUGAGGCUGUCUACGCUGGUUCCGGCAGUGGACGUAUCUUUAAGUAUGACACCGCUAUGGGGAAACUGUUGCACAGCUACGAUACGGAACGUUGUGAGAAUAUCCUUGGCUUGGCCAUCAGCGGAGAUGAAAGUUUGUUGGGUGCCACCGAUUAUGCUGGAAGAUUCUCAUUGAUCGAUGGUGUCACUGGUCAGUUGUUGCGGCAUCGCAACUGUAAACAUCCCUUGCGGAAGUUGGUCUUUGAACCGAAUAUGAAACGUGGUUUGGUCGCCUGCGAUGAUAAGACCGUUAAACUCAUUGAUUUGCCCAGUGGGAUAAUGUUCUAUGAUCUGAUGGGACACGAGGCGUCUGUGAUGUCGGUGGCCGCCUCGCCGGAUGGUCGACUUAUUGUAAGUGGUGCCUGCGAUGGCACCAUCAAGUUGUGGGACACGCGCAACACCAAGAACACGCUGUCAUUUCUGUCGGGUAAUAACACGAAUCUGUGGGAUGUGGCCUUCAAUAGGCACAGCAACAAGAUCGGGUUUGUGGGCGAUGGCAAGGGACUGAAUGUCUACUAUUGCCUCGGUGGCAUGGGAUUGAUGUUAGUGUGA